GAGAACGCCGCAGUUGCUGAGACCAAUCCAACCAAAGUUGCUCAAGUGCUGUUCAGGGCACUCGUGCAAGAAGCUGCUGUACGAGAUGCAGCUGGCUGGGUCGGUCCUGUCAAUCUCCCGAUAGGCAUCCCAAGGGAAGGAAAGUUUGCUUCGAAAGGAGGGUAUGUAUUCAAGAUGAUGAACCAACCGGAAGAGGAGGAAGGUCCGCUAAAGGUACAACAGCAAGCGCCUUCUCGUAAGACGCUUCUCGCGAAGGCCGCGCCUGACCAUCAUUCGCCAAGGCAGGAAGUAGGUGACGUCGCUGAACCGGCCAUGAGUGGAGUGUCGCCGCACGUUUCUGAGCCCUGGACCUGGUGGCCCGCGACGCCGGUGCUGGACGGCCAUCUGCGCGUGGAAAAUAGUAGUGGUCGUAACCUUUAGACACACAUUUUUGUACCACGAUCCAGAUUUGGCAUGACUUUCUACUCCUACACCUAGACGUAUUUGCAAUGGUGCAUAACUGGCAUUGGCGCGACGGGGAUUUCCAGGAGAUCGAGGGGGCGGCCAACAUCGCCCGGCCCUCGAAAGGAACACCCAUGAUUUUCUUCGCAGCUGCAGCUGAAGCAGGAGACGAGAUUUCCAUUAUUGCGAAGCGGACGUACGCCCCCGCGGCUUCUGAUCCAAAGAAACAACAGCUACACGCGCACAAGAACGCGAUCCGGGGCUUUCACCCCUUGAGAAACCUGGACGUACAACGGCUCGACGAUGCAGGAGGAGACGAUGAUGACGACUUUGCUCCGGGAAAUCUCGCGUACACCUUCGCAGACCUGCAUCGGCUGCGCGCGGACAGGCCUGUGGGUGAGGCGGUUGCGAAAGCAGAGCGGCUCCAAGUGGACUUGGCGGAAAUACAAAAGGUUUUCUUGCACGCCACAGCGAGCCUAAUAACUCCGGUGAGCCUCGGCCCUUCAGGAACUGAAUAAGUCGGUCAACAGAGGAAGAACAAAAAUAAUGACGUCGCCCCCCCUCACUGACAGACCUCGACAGCGUGGCUCCUGAAGGGAAGAGUGCAUCGAUAUCAAAUCGGUUCCCCAAUGCAGCAGCGCACCUUCAGGGCUGCAGUGCUAUGAA